GGUUCGGCUCUCGUGAACUGUCACCCCGGCGCUUGGGUUUCUUUUUCCGGAACAACAUGGCGCCAUCCACGCCGCUCCUGACAGUUCGAGGAUCAGAAGGACUAUAUAUGGUGAAUGGACCACCACAUUUUACAGAAAGCACUGUGUUUCAAAGAGAAUCUGGAAAAAACUGUAAAGUCUAUAUCUUUAGUAAGGAUGGAACCUUGUUUGCCUGGGGCAAUGGAGAAAACGGCUAAAGAUGGCACAGCUGGAAUGCCCAACCUACAACUUUAUGAUGUGAAAACUGGUACAUGUUUGAAGUCUUUCAUCCAGAAAAAAAUGCAAAAUUGGUGUCCAUCCUGGUCAGAAGAUGAAACUAUAUGUGCCCGAAAUGUUAACAAUGAAGUUCACUUCUUUGAAAACAACAAUUUUAGCACCAUUGCAAACAAACUGCAUUUGCAAAAAAUUAAUGAUUUUGUAUUAUCACCUGGACCUCAACCAUACAAGGUGUCUGUCUAUGUUCCAGGAAGUAAAGGUGCACCUUCGUUUGUUAGGUUAUAUCAGUACCCCAACUUUGAUGGGCCUCAUGCAGCUUUAGCCAAUAAAAGUUUUUUUAAGGCGGAUAAAGUUACAAUGCUAUGGAAUAAAAAAGCUACUGCUGUGCUGGUAAUAGCUAGUACAGAGGUUGACAAGACAGGAGCUUCUUAUUAUGGAGAACAAACACUGCACUACAUCGCAACAAAUGGAGAAAGUGCUGUCGUACAAUUACCAAAAAAUGGCCCCAUUUAUGAUGUAGCUUGGAAUUCUAGUUCUACUGAGUUUUGUGCUGUGUAUGGUUUUAUGCCUGCUAAAGCAACCAUUUUCAACUUGAAAUGUGAUCCUGUGUUUGACUUUGGAACUGGUCCUCGUAAUGCAGCCUACUAUAGCCCUCAUGGACAUAUAUUAGUCUUAGCUGGAUUUGGGAAUCUGAGGGGACAAAUGGAAGUAUGGGAUGUUAAAAACUACAAACUUAUUUCUAAACCAGUGGCUUCAGAUUCUACGUAUUUUGCUUGGUGCCCAGAUGGUGAGCAUAUUUUGACAGCCACGUGUGCUCCCAGGUUGCGUGUUAAUAACGGGUACAAGAUUUGGCAUUAUACUGGCUCUGUCUUGCACAAGUACGAUGUGCCAUCAAAUGCAGAAUUAUGGCAGGUUUCUUGGCAGCCAUUUUUAGAUGGAAUAUUUCCAGCAAAAACAAUAACUUACCAUCCAGUUCCAAGUGACGUGCCCAGUGAAGAACCUAAGGUUGCAACAGCAUAUAGACCCCCAGCUUUAAGGAAUAAACCAAUCACCAAUUCUAAACUGCACGAGGAGGAACCACCUCAAAAUAUGAAACCACAACCAGGAAAAGAUAAGCCCUUAUCAAAAACAGCUCUUAAAAAUCAAAGAAAACAUGAGGCAAAGAAAGCGGCAAAGCAGGAAGCAAGAAGUGACAAGAGCCCAGAUUUGGCAUCUACUCCUGUCCCACAGAACACAGCACAAAAUACUAUUUCUCAGUCAACUUCUGGAGAUCCUGAUAUAGACAAAAAAAUAAAAAAUCUAAAGAAGAAACUGAAAGCAAUUGAGCAACUGAAAGAACAAGCAGCCACAGGAAAACAGCUAGAAAAAAAUCAGUUGGAGAAAAUUCAAAAGGAAAAAGCCCUUCUUCAGGAGCUGGAAGAUCUGGAGUUGGGUAUUUAAAGAUUCACAGACAGCAAAGUUGGUUACCAGAAAUCAGUGCAAACACAUAUUCUGUUAUACCCAUUGGUGUACCAGUAAUAUCCAUAUGUCCACAACUAAUCUGUAAUUUUAACUCUUUAAGAUUCUACAGUGUGAAAUUUAUUUAAUAAUGCCUGUUAAACUGAUUUUUCCAGCUUGUGUCCUGCAUUAAUGUAUACACAGGGUAUAAUAAAGAAACUUGGGUUGCUUUUUAGUUUUAACUUGAUAUAUAAAAAGUCAGAUGUUUUUUAGUAGGGGGCAGAAUUUACCAUAUAAAUAAAGGCAUUUUAAAUUUAAAUUUUUUUGUUAAAUGUGUAGUACAGUUUUCAUGAUCCUAAAUUAUUAUUGUUAAAAAAGCCUUAAAAAUAGGUUAUGGGCCACCUGGUGGUGCAGGGGGGUUAAAUCUCAGCACUAUGAAGCUGUAGGCAGCACUGUAGCAACAGCUCAAUCCCACGUGGUGCAACAAGUCUCUCACAGCUGUGUCACUUCACCUGCUGCUCCCCUCAGCAGUGUAUGUCAGUAGAUUUGCUUGUUCUGCUCCCUACUCUGUCUCUGGUGAA